CCCUCACUCUCUCCUAUUUGAUGGACUGCGCACCCCCUUCAUCAGUAUUUGGAGCUGAACCGCUGUACCAGCACAUACUGCAGCACCUCACUGAAGACAGGCUCUCACAGUCACUGGCAUCUGACAGACUACCCUCCCUACCUCACAAAGAAAGGAAGGAAUAAAACAAAAAGAAGACAUAAGAACAAAAGCCAGAGACUGAGUCUGACUUCAAAUCAAAGCCAGUGUGUUAAGUAAGAAGACUUGUUCCGUACUUCCACAGCCAUGGCAGACAGUGUGAUUGAGGAGUCUGACUACUACCCUGGGAAAGAUGAAUUGGACUGGGGAUAUCAAGAAGUAGGUAAAGAACCCAAAGAAGGUGUAGAGUGGGGUUUGCUGUUCCCUGAUGCUAAUGGGGAGUACCAGUCACCCAUCAACCUGAACUCCCGGGAGGCGCGUUAUGACCCCUUGCUCCUGGAUGUGGGGCUCACACCCAAUUACGUGGUGUGUCGGGACUGUGAGGUCAUCAACGAUGGACACACCGUACGCAUCAUGCUGAGGUCCAAAUCAGUGGUAACUGGCGGCCCAUUGCCAAGUGAUCAUGAGUACGAGCUGCAUGAGGUGCGCUUCCACUGGGGCAAAGAGAACCAGCGGGGCUCAGAACACACUGUCAACUUUAAGGCCUUCCCCAUGGAGCUCCAUCUGAUCCACUGGAACACAACCCUGUUCAACAGUGUGGAGGAAGCCCUGGGUAAGAAGAACGGAGUUCUCAUCAUCGCUCUGUUUGUGCAGAUAGGGAAGGAGCAUCUGGGGUUGAAGGCCAUAACAGAAGUGCUGCAGGACCUACAAUACAAGUGUGUUGACCUAUCUUUACAGGGGAAGACCAAGAUAAUACCGUGCUUCAAUCCCAACACACUACUUCCUGAUCCUCUCCUGAGAGACUACUGGGUGUAUGAGGGCUCCCUGACCACCCCUCCAUGUAGUGAGCGCGUCACCUGGAUCCUGUACCGCUAUCCACUCACCAUCUCACAGUUACAGAUAGAGGAGUUCAGGAGGCUCAGGUCCCACCUGAAAGGUGCUGAUCUACCUGAGGGGAACGACGGGAUGUUGGGAGACAACUUCCGCCCCACUCAGCCCCUCAGCGACAGGACCGUCCGGGCUGCCUUUCAGUGACACCCCCCUUCCCCCAUCCAUCUUCCAUGGGGGAUCUUUAGCUCCAUGUUUAACAGUGAGAAAGAGAGAGUGAAACGAGAGAAGGAGAGAAAGGAGGGGAGAGGGAGAAAUGGCCUUUCUGAAUCGGCUGGAUGGCUGGAAGUUAUGUUACAUUGGAUCACCUGGACUGGUAGCUACAGAUUGUAACACCAGAUUUGGACCAUUAUACUGGUCGUUACAGGUGUGGCUAUACAAAACGUUGCCAGAGAUUUUUCAACUAACCUGGUAUUGGCGAUACUAUAUUUGUCCUCGAUUAGUGGAAACAGGAGUGUCAUAGAAUAUCCGUGCCCAGUUGCAGGGGAUCCGUUUGAAUUUAGAAAAUGCUCUGUUAUUAAAAUAAAUAUAUGUUUUGGUCCAUGAAGUAAUCCAACAAUGUGUACACCACCAUCUUGUCUUUUUCAAAUCUUCUCUCAUUUAUUGAGACAGGGGGGUCCACCAAAGUGCCACGUGCCAGGAUGACAAAUACAUGUCUCGAUCAAUGAGAGAAGAUUUUUAAAAAAUAACAAGAUGGCGGCGUACACAUUGUCGCCAAUACCAGGUUAGUUAAAAAAUCUCUGCCGACGUUUUGUAUAGCCACACCUGUAACUACCAGUAUAAUUGUCCACAUUUCUGGGGUUAAAUCACAUUAUCUGGUGUUACAAUUUGUAGCUACUGGACUUGGAUGGAGCUCACAAAGGCACAAUUUUACUCUGUGUGUUGAUGAAGGCAGCCCUGACAGACCAACCAGCUGGCUUCACCUGUGACCUGGAACAUAGCCAUUUGCUGUUGGCUGGGCCAAGAUGGAUCCAUGCUCUGGAAGGAGAGACAUGAUUGGCUCUGAUCCAAUAUCCAUAUUAUCACUAGUAUACUAUAGAUGGAAGCGCUGGAUUGGGCACGCAUUCUUAGUGGUGUGAUACUGGGGUUAUUGGUGGAAUGUAGUCCUUGUGAUAGGAUUUGUGUAGGCUACAUACCGGUAUGCAUACUUAGCUUGGGGCAUGUAAUUCUGUACUGUCCGCAUUCCAUAAUAUGUGAACGAGGCAUAGUCAUGCAGGUUGUAGUUUGUGUAAUAAGAUGAAAAAUGUGAAUGAACUAACACCUGUCCCUAGGGAUUUUCAAAAUAUGGAAAAUAAAUGUACAGCACAUUACUUUAAAAAAUAUGUAUGAUAAUAAUGCUGUUAAAACCGUACUGUCUCUCAGAAUAGGAAAUACACUAACAAGCAGAAAUAUAAUAUACAUGGGCUGGUCAGGUUUAAUGACCUCAGGUCAGGUUUAAUGACCUCAGGUCAGGUUUAAUGACCUCAGGUCAGGUUUAAUGACCUCAGGUCAGGUUUAAUGCUGUAUAAUCUCAGAUGUCUCAUAGGCUGAUAUUUGUUGAGAUAUUUCCGUCAGCUUCUGGCUCCUGUCCUCGCAGUAUUAAAAGUAGUGUUUUUGUGCUUUUCGAUAUCUGCUUAUUUAGCAAUAGGAAGCAUGACAUUAGACGGUUAGACCACAGUGUGCCCUUUCUUGUAAAAACACAGGAAACAUUCAUCAAAGGUAAAUCACCUUUAAGGGCUCCAGACACACAGUACAGCACAGGGUUAUAGGCUAUGAAAAAAGACUUGAAUUUUCUUGUGAUAUUUUUAGACGUUUUAAGGUAUGUAGUUCUUGUACUGACUGUAAUGUGAUGAUGAUGAUAACGAUUACUCUAACUGUAACUUAACAAUAAAGGUAAAAUUGUUAUUAGUAA